AUGGGGUGUGUCUGCUGCAAGCAGAAGAAGUCUGCCAAGUCCAUCACGUCAUCAGCAACAGCCGACAUCGCAGAUCGGUCUCCUAGCAACGCGGAUGGGGGGCUGUCCACGGCCUUCCACAAGGGCCGCUACAGCCCCGACCCCACGCAGACCAUCCCCGACUUCAACAAGGCCUUCAACUCCGUCGCCAUCUUCCCCAACACCAGCACGCACCAGCGGCCCGGGGGCCUGACCAGUGGUGGAGUCACUCUCUUUAUAGCUCUGUAUGACUACGAUGCUCGGACUGAAGAUGACCUCACCUUCCAGAAGGGAGAGAAAUUCCAGAUCAUCAACAACACAGAGGGCGACUGGUGGGAGGCUCGCUCUUUGGACACCGGAAAAUCUGGUUACAUCCCCUCGAACUAUGUCGCUCCCGUGGACUCCAUACAGGCCGAGGAGUGGUAUUUUGGGAAGAUGGGGCGGAAGGAUGCAGAGAGACAGCUGCUGGGUCAAGGCAACCAGAGGGGGACCUUCCUCAUACGCGAGAGCGAGACAACCAAGGGUGCCUAUUCGCUGUCCAUCCGGGACUGGGACGACAACAAGGGAGACCACGUCAAGCAUUAUAAGAUUCGUAAACUAGACAACGGUGGCUACUACAUAACCACCCGGUCGCAGUUUGACACUGUGCAGCAGCUGGUCGAGCACUACACAGAGAGAGCGGCCGGCCUGUGCUGCCGUUUGAUUGGCAGCUGUAAGCGGGGCAUGCCUAAGCUGGCUGACUUAUCAGUGAAGACCAAGGAUAUGUGGGAGAUUCCGCGAGAAUCUCUCCAACUGAUUAAGAAACUGGGCAACGGCCAGUUUGGAGAAGUCUGGAUGGGCAGUAAUGACGGGCUGUGCUAUUACCUGACAAAUCCCUGCCCCAACAGCACCCCCCUCACUCUGGGCCUGGGGCGGGACGCCUGGGAGGUGCCCAGGGAAACGCUCUGCCUGCAGAGGAAGCUGGGCCAGGGCUGUUUCGGGGACGUGUGGAUGGGCAUGUGGAACGGCACCACCAAGGUGGCGGUGAAGACUCUGAAGCCGGGAACCAUGUCCCCCGAGGCCUUCCUGGAGGAGGCUCAGAUCAUGAAGAGACUCCGGCAUGACAAGCUGGUGCAGCUCUACGCCGUGGUGUCUGAGGAGCCCAUCUACAUUAUCACCGAGUUCAUGAGCCAAGGAAGUCUGCUGGACUUCUUAAAGGAUGGAGAAGGCCAGAGCCUGAAGCUGCCUCAGCUGGUGGACAUGGCCGCGCAGAUUGCAGCUGGAAUGGCGUACAUCGAGCGGAUGAACUACAUCCACCGGGACCUGCGGGCCGCCAACAUCCUGGUCGGAGACAACCUGGUGUGCAAGAUCGCCGACUUUGGCCUGGCGAGGCUCAUCGAGGACAACGAGUACACGGCCAGACAAGGGGCGAAGUUUCCCAUCAAGUGGACGGCUCCAGAGGCUGCUCUCUACGGACGCUUUACCAUCAAGUCAGACGUCUGGAGCUUCGGGAUCCUCCUGACCGAGCUCAUCACCAAGGGCCGGGUGCCUUACCCAGGCAUGAACAACCGUGAGGUGCUGGAGCAGGUGGAGAGAGGCUACCGGAUGCCCUGCGCCCCCGGCUGUCCGGCCUCCCUCCACGAACUGAUGGUGCAGUGCUGGAGGCGGGAGCCCGACGAGAGGCACACCUUCGAGUACCUGCAGUCCUUCCUGGAGGAUUACUUCACGGCCACAGAGCCCCAGUACCAGCCCGGGGAGAACCUGUGA